AUGACCAAAGUUCUUGUUACAGGAGGCACUGGCUUCGUCGCCGGCCACGUCAUUGAAACCCUUCUCAAGCGCGGACACUCCGUGCUCACGACCGUUCGGUCCGAGGAGAAGGGGGAGGCGGUCAAGAACGCCUACCGAGACGUUUCUCAAAACAACCUCGACACGGUCGUCAUCCCGGACGUCGCCGCAGAAGGCGCCUUUGAGGGGCUGGGCUCACACGGGCUCGAGGCGGUGAUUCACUUAGCAAGCCCAUUUCACUACAAUGUCACCGACCCAAAAAAGGACCUGAUUGACCCGGCCGUACUCGGCACCACCGGCGUUCUCAAAGCAAUCAAGAACUCGUGCCCCGGUGUCAAGCGCGUCGUCGUGACUUCUUCCUUUGCCGCGAUCCUCAACCCGGGGCUGGCCUCCACCGGGGCACAGAAGACGUACUCGGAGGAGGACUGGAGCCCCUUGACACUUGAAGACGCCUACGCGAACGGCGGGAGCGCUUAUAUCGUUUCCAAACUCUUUGCCGAGAGGGCGGCCUGGAAGUUCAUGGCAGAUGAGAAGCCCGGUUUCACGCUUUCCACCAUCAACCCACCGAUGAUCUACGGACCUGUCAGGCUGCCGGUGGGAUCACUCGCCUCAAUCAACACCUCGAACCGGUUUCUUGGGGAGGUCCUCCUCGGAAAGCACAAGGCGGGCCUGCCGCCCACGCCUAUGCCACUCUGGGUCGACGUGCGAGAUGUCGCGCUGGCGCAUGUGAGGGCCAUGGAGGUUCAAGAGGCCGCCGGCAAGCGCUUCCUGACGACUGCAGGCUUUUACAGCAACGAGGAGUUAGCCAGGGCAAUCUGGAACCACUUCCCCGACUUGCGAGAGAAGCUUCCGGAGCCUGGUAGCUUUGGAGGAGCGCCCAACCCGGCGCUGCAGUCCUUUGGGUACAACACGUCUAGGGUGACAAGCAUCCUGGGCCUGGAAUUCACUCCGUACGAGAAGACUGUCGUCGACUCGGUCUUGUCUCUGAAAGGCUUGAAGGAGUAG